AUGGCACCUCGUGGAUGCGGUCGAGGCCAUGGGAGAGGUCGUACUAGUACUCAAGGGCCAGAACCCAACCCGAAUGAUUCGGUAAACUUUAUAGCGGCGUUGAAAAACAUGGCUGCUGCUAUGCAAGCCACUGGGGAGGCUCUUGGACACCAGAUAAAUAACAAUGGCAAUGGUGGGAAUGGAGCUCAGGAUCUGAUGACACUAGCUACCUUUUUAAAGGUUAAUCCACCAAAGUUCAAGGGGGCAACUAAUCUGACUGAAGCCGAUACCUGGUUUCAAGCUAUGGAGCGAGCACUGCAAGCGCAGUUGGUACUUAAGAAUCAGUGUGUUGAGUUUGUUACCUAUCUGCUCACUAGGGAAGCUUCGCAUUGGUGGCAGGGAACCCGACGUCUCCUACAACUAGGUGAUGACCCUAUCACCUGGGAUUCCUUUCAGGUGCAAUUCUAUAAGAAGUACUAUCCAAAUUUCGCCCGAAUGGCAAAGGAGAUUGAGUUACUGCAGCUGAAGCAGGGAGCUCCGGGAGACUUCGAGGAGUGGAGGUGCAUCAAGUAUGAAGGAGGGCUCCGAAGCAACAUCUUCAGUUUACCAGGGCCUAUGGAAAUCAGGACCUUCUCUGAGUUGGUGAUAAGAGCAGGAUUGCUUAAGAGUGUGUGA